AUGGCCUACCACCCGUUUCUGCUGCCUUCCUUCUCGGCAGCAGCGGAGGCCCAUGACCAUCUAGGUUACGGCGUGAAUCCUUUCCUGUCUCCGCAGAGUUUCUUCUCUUUGCAUACCCCGGCUCCCCUGCCAAAGUUCCCGCUCUACCCGCCGCACUUGCAGCCGUCACCACAGCAUUUGGAGCCUGAUGAUGAUGGCGUCCAAGACGAUCCAAAAGUCACUUUGGAGUCGAAGGACUUAUGGGAAAAAUUUCACACUUUUGGAACCGAGAUGGUUGUCACAAAAACUGGCAG